AUGGAUCCUAUUCCACCAAUUGACAAGGUGUACUCCUUAUUAAUUCAAGAGGAAAGGCAAAGAUCAGUUGGACAAGGCAGCAACAAUGACCCUUUUGUUGAAUCCACAACUCUUGCAGCAAAAUCAGUGACUCUUGAACCCAAGAAUUCCAAGAAAGGAAAUGAGAGGCCUACUUGCAGCCAUUGUGGAUUACUUGGUCACACUGAUGAGAAAUGUUACAAAAUACAUGGAUAUCCUCUUGGAUACAAGACUAAGUCAAGGGCCAAUCAAAAUCUGCUUGCUAUGAUUGGAGGCAAUGAUGCUCAGAAUAGUGCCAUUGCUAUGGCCAACAAUGUCUCUUUCAAUCAAGCUUCAACAUCUCAAUCCACUCCAUUGGCAAGUAAUCUCAAGCAUUCCAUAUUCUCUAUUAAACUUGUAAAUAGAACUGCUUUUGGUAAUGAUACAUGGGUAAUGGACACAGGAGCAAGUGAUCAUAUUAUAUGUUACAUGUCUCUUUUUCAAUCUUAUACCACUGUUUUCCACUGUGUUGUUGAAUUGUCUAAUGGUGAAUUAACACAUGUCACCCACAUUGGAUCAAUUAAACUCUCAGCUUCUCUAAUUCUUGAACAUGUUCUUUGUGUUCCAUCAUUCUCUUUCAACCUUUUAUCCAAAUCAACCUUUGGGACUGCACCUUCUCUGUCUGCCUACCUUUCCACCAACAAGGCUUUCAAGUCAGCUUUUUCAACUUCUGCUUUGGAUAAAGAUAUGUCAACCAUAUGGCAUUUUAGAUUAGGACACCCUUCUUUCAAUAAACUGUUACCUUUAAGGGAUGUAUUACCAUCUUUCAUUGAUAAAUUAUCUAAUUCACCUCCUUUAUCUCUUCCUUUAUCUAGUGCUACUGAUCUUGUUGCUGAGUCUUCCUCUUGUCCAAUCUCCAUUCCACUUACUACUAUUUCUGAUGCGCAUAUUUCUGCAAAAACACUUUUUGCUGAGCAUGUUUCUUCUUCUACACCUUCUGCAGAAACACUUUUUGUUGUUCCUUCUUCUACCACCACUUCCCUUGACCCUAACACAUCCAUUUUAAUUGGUUCUAUGCCAAUUCCUUUAGAUUCAACUUUCACUGUUCCAUCUGUUCCUCCAUCUCAAUCAAGUCCUACCCCUAUUGUCCUCUCUGAUCCAAUCAUUCCUACUGUGCCUCUUCAAAAAUCCACUAGAGUUAGUCAUACACCUACUUAUUUGCAGGCAUAUCAAUCCAACAAGAUUUUGCAAUACCUCAAGGCAACUCCAGGACAAGGUUUGUUCUUCUUAAGAAAAUCAAAGCUGCACCUAAAGGCCUUUGCAGAUGCAAAUUGGGCUUCCUACCCUAACACUGGAAGAUUAGUAAUUGGCUUUUGUGGUUUCAUUGGAGAUUCUCUAAUUUCAUGGAAAUCCAAGAAGCAACAAACUAUGUCUCAAUCCUCAGCAGAAGCAGAGUACUGGUCUAUGGCAGUAGCAUUUUGUGAAAUUAUUUGGCUUCUUUAUCUACUUAGUGACAUUCAAGUGAAGCAUCCUCAAGCAACCAUUCUGUUUUGUGAUAGUCAAGUAGAACUCCACAUAGCUACUAAUCUUGUUUUUCCAUGA